AUGCCUGCGCGCGACAAUGCCUCGACGGAGAACAAUCGAGUUAAUAUAAUCAGCGAGACUAUGGAGAAAACGAGUAUCAAUGGCUCGAGUAAUGAAAAAAGGAGGGUUCCUCUGGCUAGGAAGCAGUCUUCUCCUAUGAUGCCACCAUUCAUGGUAUCGGCUCCUGGAAAGGUUAUUGUCUUUGGAGAACAUGCGGUCGUGCAUGGAAAGCCUGCGAUUGCUGCCGCGAUUUCUCUUCGAUCAUAUCUCCUCGUUACCUCUCUCUCGAAAUCUAAGCGAACAAUAUCCCUUCGUUUCCCCGACAUCAAUCUCUCACACACAUGGAAUAUCGAUGAUCUGCCAUGGAGCGCCUUCUCUCACCCAUCGAAGAAGAAGCACUAUUACGAUCAGGUCACCUCUCUAGACCCAGAACUGGUCGCAGCGAUGAAACCAUUUCUUGAGAACAUCUCCCCUGAUGAAUCACCCGCCAUACGAAAGAUACACCAAAGCUCUGCCUCAUCGUUCUUGUACAUAUUUAUGUCACUUGGCUCCCAAUCGUUCCCCGGAUGCUUAUAUACACUUCGCUCAACAAUCCCGAUUGGUGCAGGACUCGGUAGUAGUGCUUCAAUAUCUGUAUGUCUUUCUUCCGCACUCUUGUUGCAGAUUCGCACAUUAUCCGGACCGCAUCCGGAUCAACCUUCCAACGAGGCAAGUUUACAGCUCGAGAGAAUCAAUCGCUGGGCAUUUGUGGGAGAAAUGUGCAUACACGGGAAUCCUUCUGGGGUGGAUAAUACAGUUUCAACACAAGGAAAGGCCGUAAUUUAUCAGAAAACCCCUGACGGACCUACUGUGAAGCCACUAAGGAAUUUCCCAGAGCUCCCUCUACUUCUCGUAGAUACACAACAAGCGAAAUCUACAGCCGUUGAGGUUGCAAAAGUGGCUUUAUUGAAAGGGAAACAUCCAGCUAUUGUAGAUUCGAUAUUGAAUGCUAUUGAUAUGGUCGGUCAAUCAGCGGCUGCCAUGAUCUCAGAUCCAGAGUAUGAUAGCGAAAAUCUCAAGUGUGUUGAAAGCUUGGGAGAAUUAAUGACAGUCAAUCACGGACUUCUUGUUGCUUUGGGAGUAUCUCAUCCUCGCCUGGAACGCAUCCGGGAACUUGUCGAUCACGAAGGAAUUGGCUGGACCAAACUUACUGGUGCCGGAGGGGGAGGAUGUUCUAUUACAUUAUUGAAGCCGGAUACUACACAAGAGAGAAUGACACGCUUAGAGGAGACAUUAGAGACGGAAGGUUUCAAGAAAUUUGAUACUACAUUGGGCUGUGAUGGGGUGGGUGUUUUAUGGCCCGCAGUAAUCAAGAAUGGAGAUAAUGAUGAUUUCGGUGGAGACGAAAUUGAUCAAGAGAAGUUUCUCAACGCUGAGGGUAUAGAGGGGGUUGAAGAACUGGUUGGAGUUCAUGGACAGGGUGGUGAUAGGGAAGCCUGGAAAUUUUGGAGGGUGGAAGAUUAG